AUGUUUGAUCCUCCGGAGAAGACAUCUGUUCAUGGAACGUUCAUGAGGUAUGUUACCAUUUACAUAUCCGCAAUUGGCUCGUUCCUCUUUGUUUUCGUCCUCACUAUUGGCGCUAAUAUAUGGCACCUUCGGGAUGUCUUUUCUGGGAGGGAAAAGGAUAACGUUCCAAAAAACAACGAUGGAAGUGAAAAAUACAGACCCAAGCAGCCGUAUCCCGAUAUGAAGAAUCUCAAAAUCACGAAGGACUUGCGGUACUACGCGCUUCAGUUAGGACUCGAUUUGGAAGAGUACGAUAUCACCACCGAGGACGGAUACAUAUUACCAUUGCACCGUCUUGUGGACCCCAAUGAGCUGGAAGACGAAAGAGCUCGCAGGGCCCCGAUCUUGCUCCAACACGGUCUCUUGUCUGCCUCUGGAGCCUGGCUAGCGCCUGGAGCUAAUUCGCUACCAUAUUAUUUCUUGGAACAAGGAUACGAUGUGUGGAUGGGUAACAACCGUUGUGAGUUCAGGCCAAGACAUGCUACAAUCAAGGGGAACUUGAUGCACAGCGAGGAAUUUUGGGACUGGGAUAUCCGUGUUUUUGCUGCAUACGACCUUCCGUGUAUAAUAGACAAUGUGCUUUGCAGAAAGCCCCACCACGACAAGUUGUAUCUUGUGGGACACUCCCAGGGAUGUACUCAGACAAUUCUUUUGUUACGAAACCCAAAGCUCAAGGCUCACCACAACAAGAUCAAUCACUUCUUUGCCUUAGCGCCUGCUAUAUUUCCUGGUCUGUUGUUUCACCAUCGCUCUUUUAUCAAGUUCAUCCACAACAGGUCGCCUACAUCCUACAACCUCAUCUUUGGAAGAGGCGUGUUUUGUGGCUUUUUGGGCUGGUGCAGAAAACGUAUAGGUACAACUAAGCUCUAUCUGACCCUUUCAUAUCAGAUGUUCAAGUACUUGUUUGGGUGGAACAUUCGCAACAACUAUAUGGACAACAAAGUGCAACAUAUCCAGUUCGUUAUGAACGUUUCCUACAUCUCAUCCAAGCUUAUGUCCUGGUGGCUUUCUUACUCUGUGGAAGAAGGAUUUCUGAACCAACUUCAGUCGAAGGAGGCCUACGAGACAGGACAGAACUAUGCGUUCACUCCAAUCUCCACAGCAGAGGCAAACGAUGAGGAGAAAGUUAUCGGUCUUGGAAGAAUCGAUUCCUCGGAUCCGGCCUUCACUAGAACUCAAGAGCAGCAGGAUAUUCCAGUCUCUGAUGAGAAGACAUUUUUUCCCUAUAAAUUCGAGUGGUUUGCUUUCAACAAACCUAAAGAAGUGACACCAAUAUCAAUUUUUAUUUGUGGUAAUGAUUUCCUUGUAGACGGAAAGAGAUUGGCAUCGCAUAUGACACAUUACGAAAGAAGGCUUUACAAAGAAGGAGGAAAUCUUAAAGUUAUUGAGUUACCAACUUACAAUCAUCUUGAUGUAAUUUGGGCUCAGGACUGUAUUGGCGAGAUCGGAUAUGAGGUGGACAGGGAGAUCAAGGUGGUUGAGAAGACGAAUAGUACCUUGGAAAGGAAAGUCAAUUCUCUUGGUGAAAAAUUGCAAGGCAAUGAGACAGAAAAUGAAGCUGCUGCCUCUCGCUCCACUAAUAUGAAAGAUUCCCAAGAGGCAGUUGUCGGUGAAGAAACCCCACGAACUGAUGGAGUGACACAAGAGGAAACACAAGGUGAACAACAGACUGCUGAGUCAAACGCCAAAGUGGAGGACACUGACAAAGAAGUGGCAACUCCCUUAGUAACGCUUGAUCCAAGCAAACAUAAAAAGGAUACUGCGAAUACCUAA